UGCUCGUGCCCGUUUGCGUGCCAGCUACACAAGAGUUGGACGUUCCAAGGAACCCUGAUAGCACUAACCGACCUACGCGCUAGUGGCGUAACGUCAUCUGCGUUUAUGUGGCCCUCUACUCUAGUUUUAUUAUCGGGGCUGUGGCUAAAUUAGCAUGGUAGCAUGUCGUCAAACAUGAUUUGAAUACAUAGCAGACACUAAGGACAGAGAUGGCGGUGUGUGCACUGACAAUGGAUGGGAUGGGAGACGAGGUGGCUGCAGUAAGCGGUGUGUUACUCCUGGUCUUGGCCCUGGCCCUGGCUUGGCUCUCCACACAAGUGGCAGAUCGGGGCGACCACAUCCUGAGCACCAUCCUUACAGUCGGUGCCCACGCCUCUCUAAUCGGGCUGGGGGUGCAUGACAGUUACGGUGGAGGGCCUCCUAGUGCAGACACGCCAGAGCAGCAAACAUCUCCACCCUCCCAGGAGAACAAGCCAGAGGAGGGGGAGGCAGGGUCUGAGAGGGAAGAUGGUGAGGGCACAGGAGAGGGGACUGCAGGGACUGGAGUGGACCUGCUGUUGAAUAUCCAGGGUAAGAAACCUCAGAGAUACCAGCUUGAUGAUGAUGAUGAAGACGAUGAGGAAGAGGACGACGAGGAUGACUAUGAGGAGGAAGAGAAGGUUCAGAAGCUGAGCCCAGUGGUCUCCUGCACCAGCAUCACGGUUCGAUUGAAGUUCCUGAAUGACACAGAAGAGGUGGCAGUCCUGAGGCCCCAGGAUACAGUGGGUCUACUGAAGAGUAAGUACUUCUCAGGGCGGGAGCGUCAGAUCAAGUUGAUCUACCAGGGUCAGCUGCUUCAGGAUCCCAAACGGACUCUGCUCUCCCUCAACAUCUCUCACAACAGUGUUAUCCACUGCCAUGUGUCCCAGGUGCUGCGGGAGGCCAGCCCAGAGGAGGCAGCUCGCUCUGGGGCCGGGGCUAGUGGGGGAAUCAGGGCUGCAGGCCUGGCUCAGAGCACCAGCAGCCUGGUGGUGCCGGUGUUUGUGGUGAUGCUAGCCGUGGUCUGGUACUUCCGCAUCAACUACCGUCAGUUCUUCACUGCCCCUGCUACCAUCUCCCUGGUGGGAGUCACUGUGUUCUUCAGCUUCCUCAUCUUUGGGAUGCACAGCCGGUGAGCGGGAGAGGAGGCAGGAUGGAAGGGCCCUCAUUUGGGCAGGAGAAUGAGACGGAAUAACAACUGUAUCAGGUGGUGUCAGGAGGAUGAAUGAAGUCAGGGGGGCUCUGCCUCAGACACCAUAGAACUCAACUGGAAUCCUAAGAGUGGGUGUGCCUGUGUUUGUGCAUGCACCAGCAAAUAGCAUUACGUGAGAUUGUAUGUGCAGAGAUUCAAGUUAUCUGGAAUGUGUGUUUGUUAGUAUGAAGCGGAAAUUAUACUGAGCUGUAAUUUUGCUUCUCAGAAAAACAUAAAUGAGUGAUUGAGUGGUUCUAGCUCCUGUUGGUCUUUACAGGGUAGAACCAUCAGCAUCACACCCAGGACCACAGGCUGCUUGGUCCACUGUGUCAGCAAUAUCUUCUGCCCAGUUUGACUCCACAUAGCCUGUUCUGUGUUAGGUUUCUCUCAGAAAUUAGGGUCUCUAUUCAAUCAGAUCCACUUUAGCCGUCAUCCGCAUAGCGGUUGUGUGGGAGGUGGAACUGUGUUAGAGCUGUCAAAUCCACUGAGGUAUAAUAAGAACUGGAGACUGCGUCCAAGAUGUCCGCCUUUUGUUUUCAAGGUUAUCUACUCCCAUUUGCAUACGCCAAUUCAUGGACCGUCUAUAUCCGGGUUGAAUCCGGUUUAUACGGACCAACAUCACAUGCGGACUAGCGCACAGGGAGCAGCGCCGACGUCAUCCAAAAACAUGGCAGACGUUAGAUUAAUAUAAAAUGUUAAUAUCUUCUGCGAUGGAAAACAAAAUCGGCUUCAGAUACAAUUAUUUCAAUAAUUCAAUGGAUUUUUUGUGCACAAAGGUGAUGACUAAAGUGUCUUAUUAGGAAUUUUCUAAUCUGACUUCUCUAUGUGGCCGUGAAUGGAAAUUGUCUUUCUCAGCUGACCAUCAGUUAAAUUGCAAAACUGUAGCCGUGCGUUGCUUUAAGAGAAAUCCAAUGGAGCCUUGUUUACAAGUUUGAACAAUUGAAUGUGAGCUGUAAUCUACACCUCGAUUAGGCUGAUUAGAAAUCCUUAUUUUGUUUAAUGAUUUUCAAUUUGAGUGUAAUAAUUUAUAUAUAGCCUACACGUUCUCGUUCUGAACUUCUAACACAAGUAGGACGGGUGUGGCUUCCUGACAAUGAUCAAGAGCAGCAACUCACCGAUUUGAUAGCUCCAACGCAGUUACACUGCCAAAACAUCAGCUAUGCGGGUGUCAGCUAUCGCCUGUUAACGCUUGAUCUGAUUGAAUCUAGACCUAGGAUAAUGCAGUUCUUCACAUGGCCACAUACUCUUUUCAUUUCAUACGUGUUAAUGUUCGAGAAAUGUUUUGUCUUUUUGUAGUACGUGUUUGAACGAGCAAACCAUUUCCUCUUUUGCAACGGAAACAAAAUUACUGAAGACUUGACUCUAGAGCAACUUUGAAACCACUCGCUAUGUACUGAGUGCUGGUUAUAUUUCUACUUUCUUUCCAGUUCUUUGGGAAUGAGCUUUCACCUUAGUUAUUGUGGACUGUAAUGACUGCCUUAAGGCAAAACAUUUUGUAAGGAUUGUUGUUGCUUGAAUUACUCUACGCUGAUAUAUUGUUUAAAUUAACCCUAAUUAAGAUAAGUUAAUGCAUGAAAAUAAGCAACAUGUUAAAGCUUUUGAAAAUACUGUAAAUAUGUAUUUACUGUACAUAGAUGAAUGGGAUGAAACCGUAUCGGACACGUCAGGAUUUUUGUGGGGGAAUUUGACACGAGAUGGAAAAUCUCUUUACCCCUUAAGUUUGAUUGUUUUCCUCUGGCUUCAGUGCUGUGAUUCAGAUUAAAGACAUUUGAACCAAUCGG